CCCCACUCUUUUUCUUCUUCACUAAGACAUGCUUUGUUUCGCAUUUUAGUACUUAUGUUUGCCUUCUGUAAUACCUUGGUGUGUCACUAACGCCAACUUAAUAGUCAUUUAUUCAUACUUUAAUGAGUUUAAAUCUGACAUGCAUAUAGAGGGAUCCUAUAGUUUGGGUGAGCAUUCAUAGAUAUCACCAUCAGUAUGUUGAUUCCGAAAAAGAUCCACACUCCCCAAUAUUUGGAUUUUGGUUUAGUCAUAUGGGUUGGCUUUUUGAUAGCGGCUACAUUCUUGAAAAGUAUCAAGAGCAUAAAAAUGUGGAUGAUUUAAAGAAACAAGCAUUCUACAGAUUCAUCAAAAUGACCUAUACAUUGCAUUUGUUUGUAUUUACUGCCCUCGUUUAUGUUUUUGGUGGAUUUACAUACCUUGUUUGGGUUGUGGGAGUUUCAACCACAUUGUUAUAUCAAUGCACUUUUUUAGUGAACUCAGUUUGUCAUAUAUGGGGAAAUCAAGCUUGGAACAAUGGUGAUCUUUCCAAGAAUAAUUGGUGGGUAGCAUUGGUAACUUUUGGUGAAGGGUGGCAUAAUAAUCACCAUGUCUUUGAGUAUUCAGCUCGAUACCGGGUAGAAUGGUGGCAGAUUGAUGUUGGCUGGUAUACAAUAAGGUUUCUUGAAGUAGUAGGCUUAGCCACCAAUGUCAAAUUACCAACUGAGGCUCACAAACUUAAGAAGUCCGUAGCUUCUCUUAACAAGUUCAAGUGAUUAUAGCAUAAAUAUGUGUGUGUAUGCAUAAAACUUUUAAGAACCUACGUAUUAAGAAUAAAUGCACGUCUAUCAUGCAUUGCUUCCAUGUGCUAUAUUGCUUCCAUGUGCUAUAUGUUUGU